AUGACACACAAGCAAAAUUUUGAAACAGAACAAAAUCACUCAGUCAUUCGGUCGUUGGAUCAUUUGGACGCUAGAUGGCCAGCCAGCCAGCCAAACUUGUGUGAAUGUGCUAUCGUCAUCACGCACGUUGAACAUGGUAGGCAGGCAGGGACCUCGUGGCAUUCGAGCUUAGCCAGGCAGUACAACAUAGGGCCGGGCAUCUUCAACCAUUCAACCAAUUUGCAGUCAGAUUGUCAUUUUAUUAUAAAUUACUUGUGCACUAUAAAUUUCUUCCCGCUGCACACAUUCAAUGCUGCUAGUACAUCUCGUCUGUCUCCAGUUGAAAAUUUAACCAGCGAAUCAGCGCAACACUCCUCCCAGGAACACACCAUUGUUGGUCGACAACAAACUCUGACACAGGCGGCCUGCAUUGACUUGAGAUGUGGAAGUGCGUGGAAGAAGUUGACGUGGAUUAGCAGUCAGCAGAGCAGAAAGUUGGCACACUGGAGGGUUGUGCUGUAUAAACUUUGCUUGGCAGUCCGCGUGAGUAAGAACAACAUAGAAAUGUCUGAAAAGUUGAAAUACUGCCACUACAGAUACAGAUAUAUAAUUGCCGUAUUAUUGGCGCAUAAAUACAAAUGUCUACAUGGAGCCUUCGAAAUCAAGUGCUUACAUCUAUUUAUGUCUGCCGCUUCAAGUGCGCUCCGUCCAUGCCUCCAUGCUUCUGACAACAGCGUUUGA